UGCCUUGGGCUCUGAGCAGCGGGUAAAUUCCUCUUCUCAUCCUGCCAAUACCCCGGCUGGUGUGGCGACAAUGCAAUUGGCUCCUUUCCCUACUUGGGGCGAAAGCAGUGAUCCCUAGGAUGGCGAGACAAGAGGGCCCAGAGAGGUUUAGCCGCCAUCGGGGAUCACACAGCCAGCCAGGGCUGAGAUGGCAACCCACCCUGGUCCCGCUGAUCACCGCCUCUUGGGACUUCUGUGCUCCCUCAGACCCCGCCUCUUCCGGAAUCUUCUGCUUCUGUUGUGCACCCUCCUGAGCUGUGAUUUGAGGGGUACUGCUCAGGGUCCCGGGGAAUGGACGCCCUGGGGGUCUUGGAGCAGGUGUUCCAGCUCUUGUGGCCGGGGCGUCUCGGUGCGCAGCCGCCGUUGUGUCCGACUUCCCGGGGAGGAACCUUGCUGGGGAGACAGCCAUGAAUACCGGGUGUGCCAGCUGCCGGACUGCCCGCCAGGGGCGAAACCCUUCCGAGACCUGCAAUGUGCUCUCUACAAUGGCCUUCCUGUCCUGGGCACCCAGAAGACCUACCAGUGGGUGCCCUUCCACGGAGCACCCAACCUGUGUGACCUCAACUGCUUGGCUGAGGGCCAUGCCUUCUACCAUAGCUUUGGCCGCGUGCUGGAUGGCACCCCUUGCACCCCAGAGGCCCAGGGCCUCUGCAUAGCAGGCCGUUGUCUGAGCGCUGGCUGUGAUGGGCUGCUGGGCUCCGGCGCCGUCGAGGACCGCUGCGGCCUCUGCGGUGGCGCCAACGACUCGUGCCUCUUCGUGCAGCGCGUGUUUCGCGACGCGGGUGCCUUCGCCGGCUACUGGAACGUGACUCUGAUCCCCAAGGGCGCCAGGCACAUCCGCGUGGCCCAGAGCAGCCACAACUACCUGGCGUUAGUGGAGCGCGAUGGCCGCUACGUGAUCAACGGCGACGGGGUGCCCAGCUCACCUGGCACCUACGAGACCGCGGGUACCCGCGUAGUCUACACCCGCGGCGUGGGUCUCGAGGAGACCUUGCAGGCGUCCGGCCCCACCUCCCAGGAGCUGUUGUUGCAGGUGCUGCUGCGGGAGCCCAACCCAGGAGUGCACUUCGAGUUCUGGCUGCCCCGGGAGCGCUAUGGACCCUUCCAGGCUCAGGCGCAGGCCCUGGGCUGGCCCCUGCGACAGCCUCAGCCCCGGGAGGUGGAGCCUCAACUUGCCGAGACCCCUGUGGUCCGGGAGGCCAUCCCUGCUCGGGAUGCACCAGACUCCUGCGGGCCUUGCCCUGACAGCCGGGGCCGUGCACACCGGCUUCUCCACUACUGCGGCAGCGACUUUGUGUUCCAGGCCCGUGUGCUGGGCCGCCACCGCCAGGCCCAAGAGACCCGCUAUGAGGUGCGUAUUCUGCUCAUCUACAAAAACCGCUCGCCGCUGCGCACUCGAGAGUAUGUGUGGGCGCCAGGCCACUGUCCUUGCCCAUCACUGGCUCCCCAUCGAGAGUACCUGUUGGCUGCCAGGCGAGUGGUCAGCCCUGAUGGCACACAGGACCGGCUACUGCUGCCCCACGCUGGCUAUGCUCGGCUCUGGAGUCCUGCAGAGGAGAGCCGAGUUCACCUGGCUGCCCGGCGCUGUCCAGUAUAAACCCCCGGAGGUCGGAGCCUCACCAGGUGUUUCUGCGACUCAGCAACUCAGGAAAAUCUCCCACCUGGAUUAUUUUGAGACAGGUUCUCACUGUUUAUAUAACCUUGGCUGCAUAGACCAGACCGGCCUCGAACUCAUAGAGGUCCACCUGUCUCUGCCUCUCCAGUGCUAGGAUUAAAAGCCGGCCUGCAUCAUAUCUAAGAACUUUAAGGAUCCUGGCUACUUCCAUCAAGCGAGUUUGGUCCAUUCCUUCUAAAAUUACUAUUUAACUUUUACAAGAACUUAGAAAAAGAACAAAUCCCUUCCCUGUCACUUACCAGCUGUAAAGGCUCAGGGACACCCCAGUAAAGUGGCCGUCACUGUGCUCAGACAGACACACCCAUUCUCAUCUUUUCCUGACACCCCCUGCCAGUGCACUGGACCCAUUAUGAGACCAGCACAGGACUGAUGAGAGACUGGGAGCACACAAGAGAAUCGAUGAACCUCCAAUCCCGCCCCUCUUCAGGCUUCUCACAUCAUGGGUGUCUAUCCUACAGUCACUCAACAAACCAUCCCUAGUGGGGUGUCCCUUUAGGCUGUCCCCUCUGGGUCCUGUCUCUGUCAUAUGGUUUAACCUGUCUUCGGUGACCAUCCAGGUCUGGCUGGGAUCCAGAGGUCAGCGGACUGUCAGCUUUACCCUUGCUCCUCCACAAGAGCUCCUCUGGCCUCUAUCCCAAGUCCUCAGUUUUCCCAUCUAUUAGCUCUCUGUGGACACUUGGCUCUCCGAUGAGCAUUUAUUGAGCACUGACUGCGUGCGGGAGACCCGGCAAGUCCUGGGGGCACAGUGCUGUUGUGGGAAAAGCAAUGGUCACUUUGUUUGAUGUGAUAGUCUUUUGGGGUGCAGAGAGCACCAAGAACCUCUCCCACAUCCCAGAUAGCGAGCAGCCCGGGUCUACAGGGAUCUGUCGGAUCCUAGCUCCCCCUGGUGGCGGGACCAUGAAUUCCCAGGCGGGAAGAUGGUCUGCAGGGGCCAGUUCCAGCAGGCCUUGGGGACCUCACACCCACCUAUAAUGGCUGCCCAAUGUGACACUAGAGUCCAGGGCAGGGUCAUCUCUGCUCUGGUCCUGGCGCUGAGCCCGGUACACAUGACAGCACGGGUAACCCAGGAGUAGUGGAUAGGCGUAAGUGGCUGGUAUUACUGGCGCACGCCAGGAGCGUGAGGCCUGGCUCUUCCCCUGGGUACUGCAGUACUGCCCAGACUGCUGGUUCCAAUGACAGACAGGGAACUAUCCCCCAAAACGCCGUUCAUCUCAAAUUUGGCUCUUUGUGGUAAUCAAUAAAGGGGG